UUGGGAGUGACCCAGUGGACCUGUGCUUCAAGAACUCUACUGAGAAACACAGUUCAAAAAAUAGGACUGGUACUUGCAGAGGUGGAGCGAGAACUGAAGUGGAAACCAUCCGUAGACACGGGAAGUGCCUGUUGGAGACGUGCACCUAGGGAAGGAGAAGAUGGUGGAACGCCCUGUACACGUGUUGUACGUGCUCGUGAGCUCCAAGAGCUGCUGGCCUGCAUCUUCCAGUAUGUAAUCGAUGUGAGCAUCAAAUCUGCAAGUUUAGGGGUUUCUGUUGUCUUUAUUUGGGGUUUUGCACUUAAAAGCAGGGAUGGGCUGGCAAAGAUGAGAAUAUAAAAACUUGUGUAAAUGGAAUGUGCCUUUGCAGGAGUGUUAGGAUGAGGGGUGGGAGGAGAGCAACAAACACUGCCUUUGGGGUAUUCUGGUUUCCUUCUGGAAGGUGAUUGUGAAGGGGAGAAGUAAUCUAAACUUUUUGAGAAGAGCUGGGCAUCACCUGUCUUGGAUGCUGCAGGAGUCUCAAGGGGCUGUACCCCCUCCUUCAGGAGGGUGGUGAGGCCCAGGCUGGGGAGACUUGCAAAGCUCAAACGAAGCCACAGCCAUCCUGAUCCGGUGUUGGUGAUGAUCCUCUUCCGAGCGGGAGGUUAAGACCUCAAGAGCUCCCAUCCCACCACCGUCUCUAGCACUGGCAGCAUUUGAGCACCAGCCCUUCUCUUCCAGGGGCAUUGGUUGUGUCACCGUAAGUAGGAAGCGGCUGCUGCAGGUCCGGGACCAUCUGCCCUUCACUCUUGGAGGAUCCCAGACUCUGCUCACUCGAAGGUCUGCGCUGGGCGCUGCAGCGUCCCUCUUCUCCACGGCUUGGUCUUUCUCCCUUUGCCAUCCCCUGGUGCAGUGCCUUCAGCUGGGGAGUCAGCUCUGCAGGAUGAAGCCGGCUUUGUCUCCAUCUCCUGCGUCAUCACUUUACCUCGGGGGAAGCCCUUCGUCUUCAGCGGCUUCCCCGGGGAUUGAGAAGAAAACGGGAAGAGCCUCCAGCCCCCCUUGCUAAGUCUGUGGUGCCAGCAGCAGCAUUUCGGCGGAGGCCCCGGUACCGGCGGAGGGCACCGGCGCCCCGGCCGAGGAGCGGCUGGGCCCGGCCUGGCGGCUGCUGCGACGCGCCGAGGCCCGGCUCGGCGACCUGGAGCGGCGGCGGGCCGCGGAGAUGAGAGACGUGGAAAGCUAUGUGGGUCACAUCCGUAACCUGGUGGAGGAACGGGAUGCUAUCGCUGCCGAAUAUGAAAAAGAAAAUGAACAGCUCAGGCUUGAGCUGACACAGCUGCAGCUGCAGCAGGAAGCCCAGCUGAAGGAGGUCGAGGAGAUGCUGGAACAGGAAGGCUUGUCCGAAAUAGCUCACAGUAAUGCCAGUGAACAGAUUGCUUAUUUACUGGUAGAAAGAACGACGCUGCUGGAGAAACUGGAGAUCGCAGAUCAGAAGUUGAAUUCACACGGCUACACGGACAGGCUGUGUGUGGCACAGCUUCAGGAUGAGUUUAACCACAUUCAUCAGACAUCAGAAGACGAUGACCAACAGCAGCAUGAAUCCAUGCAGCUUACUGGAGAGACAAUAAAUAAGUUCUACAAGGAAGAGCUGGAGAGGGAGCAAGCAUCACGUGCACGAGUUGAACAAGAUCUGGAUGAGGCCACACAGAGGCUGCUGAUGGCUCAGGAAGAGAUUCAGAGGUUGACAGAUGAGCUGGAGGCACAAAGAAAGGAGCAGAGCAAAAUUGAAUCAGCCUCAUGGUCAGCUCUGCAAGUGCCUGAGAGCCGGGAAGAAGGGGUGAACGAAUGGCGAGAGUGUGACAGGACUGAGCUGCAGGAGGCCAUGGAGCACAACAGCAGACUGGACAGGGAAAUUCUGGCGUUGCGAGCACGGGUCCAGACACUCAACUUGGAAAGAAAAAUGUUCCUUGAUCUGGUAGAACAACUCAAAGAGGAGAUUUGUGAGUAUCAGAAGAGCGAGAGGCAAGGACUUCCCUUACCUGCGCCAAGAGGGACUGAAGAAGUUGCAGCAUCCUCCCUGCAGACACAGGGCACAAAGGAUGAAGGCAGGAUUAAGGGAUGCUGUGUUUCAGGCGAAGCUGGCUCUGAUCAAGAAGACGGAUAUCAGGGUAGUGAAAUGCUUCAUAAAAGGUGCCGAGAUGUGAUUGAAAACAUCGAGGACCAGAAUUCACAGCUCCUUUACAAGCUGCAGAAACUGGAGCAGGAACACAAGGAUUUGAUUGAGCGCAGUGAAGAGCUGGAAUCAAUUCUGGGAGAGACACAGAUCCAAACUGAGCAGCAAAAGGACCAGCCUGAGAGUGAGGUGGAGGGACUUCACCAGAAAAUCACGAGUUCAGAAACAGAGUUACUUGAAGUGCAGAAGAACAAAACUGAGAUGAGUGGGGAAGAGCAGGCAUUGUCUGGAACACAAGAGAAGCAAGAGGAAAAGAUAGAAAGGUUCGGAAGUCAUCUGGGAGAACAGAGGGAAGGGAGAAGGCAACUUGCAUCCGAGUUUGAACUGUUACAAGAAGAUCUGAAGGCAGAGAAGGUAUCGGGCAGCCAGGUCUCUGGACUCCUACAAGAGAGAGAACAGAUUAACAAACUCGAGCAGAAAUGUGAAGAUUCAUGUACAGAUGAAAAGACAUAUGAAGAACAGAUGGCUAAAGUCGUAUUUUUGGAAGAACAGAUCAAAAACUUGAGGGAUGAACAAGAAUUGCUCUGUUCUAAAUUACUAGAAAGCAAGAAGAAGAGGGAGGAGCUAGAAAAGCAGCUAAAAGAGAGCAAUGAAGAAAAAACGUUGUUACUGGAAGAAAUUUCCCAGCUAAAACAAGACAACCUGACUACCUGGAAGCAGGGUGACAGCAUGCUCAAAGAGGCUUUGAGGAUGAACGAAGGCAUGGCGCAUAGAGAGAACGGGUUUCUCAUGUUGCAGAGCUCUUCAGGCAGUUUAGAUGGGAGCAUUAAACAGAGUCUGUCUGAUGAGAGAUUCCAACAGCAGGAGGAAAAAAUGCAGCAACUGCGGCAGGACUUGCGUCGAGUUCAGAACUUGUGCAGCUCAGCUGAGAGGGAGCUGAGAUAUGAAAGGGAGAAGAACGUCGACGUCCAAAAGCAAAAUCUCUUGCUUCAACAAGAGUGCACCAAGGUCAAAGCUGAGCUGAAGCAAGCCCGGGCAAAACUCUCAGACACAACUGAAACGUGCUCCUCUCUCUCAGCGCAGUGGGGAAGAAGCCAGCAGAAGGUCAGAGAACUCGAACAAGAGCUCUUGAAGUGCUCCCAGGCUGAUAAACUGCAGAGCAGUCUGCAAGAGAAACUUGCACAGGAGAAAUCCAAAGUAUGUGAAGCACAAAGAAAGAUUUCCAAACUCCAGCAAAAGCUAAAAGAUUCACAACACCAGCUCCUGCUGGCAGAUGCCCGUGUUUCAGACAAGAAACUCCUGGAGGAAGAAUUAAAGGACGCCCGAGAAAAUGAAGCUCAUGUGCAGCAUAAACUUCAUGAGGAGCUGCUGAAAAGGAAGCUCCUGGAGCAGCAGGUGGAGGAGCUGCAGCAGCAGCUCUGGCAUUCGCGGGAGACGGAGGCGUCGCUGACCAAGAUGCACGUGGAGCUGCAGGCCAAGACUCUGCACGUUGUAGAAGAGGAGAGGAAAACUGACUCGAGCGAGCACCUUCAGUGUCAGAAGGAGAAUGAGAAGCUUUCAGAGCAACUUUCACUGUUGAAGGAGGAAAACAAAGCCCUUUAUGAGGAGGGAGUCCGUCUCCUGAACCAGAAGGAUCUAUAUGUCAGGAAAUACAACGAAAUGAAGCUCCACCACAAAGACAAGAUCCGCAGAGCCAAGGAGACCUUCAUCCACGAGGUGAAACAAAGGGACAGCAGAAUCAAGCAGCUUGAAAACGAGCUCAGCGAGUCAAAGCUCCAAGUGGAAAAGGGGAAGGUGCUGAUUGUACAGAUCACUGCUGAGAAUGAGAAGUUACUCCAGGACAGAAGACGGCUCCUCCAGAAGAUAACUGAGCAAGAGGAGACCCCUUGGAGCAACCGGUCUUCGACUGCCACCCUGCAGAGCGGAGUGAAGGUUCUGGAUGAGGAGAACGUGCGGCUGCACAAGAGCAAACUCCAGCUCUCCAGCCACGUGCCCCCCUCGCCACGCAUGCCAAGGAGCAUCCACACUCCCAGCACGGAGGACUCGAAGAGUUUUAACUUCUCUGAACGCCGACGACAGAGUAAGGUGUUGCCAUCUCCCCGUACCAGCUUCCCAUCACAAGAACUGCCAGACUCUCUCAGCCCCCUGAAGGCCACACAAGACACAAAGCCGGAAGGAGAAGCUGAAAGCCAAGACUCAUCCUUUGGUUUAUCCCCCUCUCAGCCUUCUGAGAUCGGCUACUUAAAUGUAGCUUCUCCUGGAGACACCACAGCCUCCCAGCUGCAGGAGGAGAGUCAGAGCAUCAGCUCUGAGAACUUCUAAAUGGGGAAAGACAUUUGUAAAAUGUUACCUGGACUGCAAGGUUUUGGGCUUCAGUUGCUGUGGCACAAGAAGGACUGCAGGGGGAGAAUUGCCAGACAGACGGACUCUGUAAUUUCUGUGAUAUAUUUCAACUCCUCUUCUUACCCAACUGUGAAUGUGUCUGUGUGUGUGAUGCCACCCAGAGGCUGGAAUUUGUAGAUAAACACAGUAAAAUGGAAGAGUGAGGCAAAGCAUAUCUUCCCCUGAAACCUAAUUCCUUGUCCAGUCCAAAACUACACAUCCUGUAAAUAAAGCCAGGCAAAGUUCCCUUC